ACGACAGUUGAAUGGCGAUGUUUGCUUGUUUAGAGAUUUUGUGGCGCCAAUUACGCUCCUUUCUGAUUUAAUAUUAUUUAUUUAACUAUUUGCGAAAAUGCCAGCGUUUUUAAAGCAUAUCGAAGUCGAUAACUUUAAGUCUUACAAAGGCAAACUUGUUAUUGGCCCAUUGAAAUGUUUUACGGCAGUAGUCGGGCCUAAUGGAUCUGGAAAAUCUAACUUUAUGGAUGCUAUCAGUUUUGUUAUGGGCGAGAAGACUAGUAGCUUGAGAGUAAAGAGGUUUAGCGAACUUAUUCAUGGUGCAUCCAUUGGGAUGCCAGUGGCACGAAGUGCUUCAGUAACAGCAGUAUUUGAGUUAGAAGAUGGAACUGAGAAAAGCUUUAUGCGUUCAGUACAAGGUUCUUCUUCAGAGCACAGGAUAAAUAAUAUGGUUGUCACCAGUCAAGUAUAUCUUAAUGAGUUGGAGCAGCUUGGUAUAAACGUUAAAGCAAAGAACUUCUUAGUAUUUCAAGGGGCAGUGGAGUCCAUAGCUAUGAAGAAUCCUAAAGAACGUACCGCUCUUUUUGAAGAAAUUAGUAAUUCUGGUGCAUUAAAAGCAGAAUAUGAAAGGUUGAGAACAGAAAUGUUGAAAGCUGAAGAAGAAACUCAGUUUUCAUAUCAAAAGAAAAAGGGAAUUGCUGCCGAACGAAAAGAAGCAAAAUUGGAAAAAGAAGAGGCUGAGAAAUAUCAACGUCUCAAAGAAGAAUAUGUGGAGAAGCAAGUCGAGUUGCAACUAUUUCGAUUGUUUCACAAUGAGAAAAAUAUCGAAAAUUUUGAGUUUUCUCAAAUUAAGAAGCAGAAUGAAAUUGAGAAAAUUGAGAAGAAGAAGGAAAAAGCUGAAGAACUGUUGAAAGAAAAGAAGAAGGAUGCUGGUAAACUGAGCAGAGAUCUUGCCAAGAUAGAGCAGGAUAUUAGGGAAGUGGAAGUAGAGAUUACGAAGAAGAGACCAACGUUCAUCAAGGCCAAAGAACGUGUUGCACAUAUGCAAAAAAAGGUAGAAUCAGCGCGCAAAUCCUUGGCUCAGGCGCGUAUCGCGGACGAGGCUCACAAAAAAGACAUACACGAACUCCAGGAGGAAUUGCGACAGGUGGAAGAAGCUAAAGCAACUUAUGAAGCGAGUAUAGCGGGGCAGUCGCAGUUGCAAGGAAGAGAUGUACAAUUGGAGGAUGAACAGGUGCGGGAGUACAACCGUUUGAAAGAGGAAGCCGGCAAGCAGUCCGCCAGAUAUCUUCAAAUGCUUGACUCGAUCAAUCGUGAGCAGAAAUCGGAUCAAGAUCGACUCGACAAUGAGGGCAGGAAAAAGACCGAGAUAGAGAACAAGCACAAACAGAAGGGACACAUGCGGGACGAGGCGCUCAAGCGAGUGGAGAAGCUGGAAGAGCACAUAAAAACGUCUGAAGCGGCACUUGAGGACCAGAAGAAACUUAGGGCUGAUCUACAGUCUGACGUGGGCACAUCGAAAGAUAAAGUUCAGAAUUUGCAGCGGGAACUGGAGAGCAUCUCGGAGCAACUGGGUGACGCCAAGGUUGACAAGCACGAAGUGUCCAGGACGAAGAAGAAGACGGAGAUUGUGGAGAAUUUUAAACGCUUAUUCCCUGGUGUGUACGAUCGUAUGUACAACAUGUGCGAGCCGAUACACAAGAGAUAUAAUGUUGCGAUCACGAAAGUACUCGGCAAAUAUAUGGAGGCGAUCGUGGUGGAUACCGAGAAGACAGCCAGACAAUGCAUUCAGUACCUGAAAGAGCAAUAUCUCGAGCCGGAAACGUUUCUACCGCUCGAUUAUAUACAAGCGAAGCCAUUAAAAGAACGUCUUCGCAAUAUACAAGAACCUAAGAAUGUGAAAUUGUUGUACGAUGUAUUGCGUUUCUCUCCGAAAGACAUCGACAGAGCGGUGUUGUUUGCUACCAAUAAUGCUCUUGUAUGCGAGACACCGGAGGAUGCAAAUAAAGUUGCAUACGAGAUGGACAAAAAGGCUAGAUACGAUUGCGUCGCGUUGGAUGGUACAUUCUAUCAAAAAGCUGGUAUAAUAUCUGGCGGUAGUUUAGAUCUCGCAAAGAAGGCGAAGAGAUGGGAUGAGAAACAAAUGUCGCAAUUAAAGGCGCAGAAGGAAAAAUUAACGGAAGAAUUGAGAGAGUCUCUGAAAAAGUCGCGCAAAGAAUCCGAAUUGAAUACAGUUGAGUCCCAAAUACGUGGUUUAGAGACUCGUUUGAAGUACAAUAAAAGCGAUUUGUCUGCGACACAAAAGCAAAUUGCGGACUUUGAAGGGGAACUAGAUUGCCUGCAAAACGAAUUAAAUAUGUUUGGCCCUGCAAUAGCUGCCAUCGAGAAGACUAUGGCUGAGAGGGAUCAAGAAAUACAGAACAUUAAAGAAAAGAUGAACAAUGUUGAGGACGAUGUGUUUGCUAGUUUUUGCGAACAGAUAGGUGUCUCCAAUAUUCGUCAAUACGAAGAAAGGGAGUUAAGAUCGCAACAAGAAAGAGCAAAGAAGAGAAUGGAGUUCGACAACCAGUGUAACCGCAUUUACAAUCAGCUAGAUUUUGAGAAGCAACGCGACACAGAAAGUAAUGUUUUGCGAUGGGAACGAGCGGUUCAAGAUGCAGAGGAUAAGCUCGAGUCUGCGAAGCAAACCGAGUCUAAUCAGAAAGCGGAGAUUGACCACGAUGAGACGCAAAUGGAGCAGUUGAAGUCGGCACGUAACGCUAAGAAAAUGGAGGUCGAUCAAAAGGAAGAUGAGAUCGGUAAAGCUAGGCGCGAAGUAGGCGCUAUCGCGAAGGAUAUCCAGGCGGCUCAGAAGCAACUUAACACGAUUGAAACGAAGAUUGAACAGAAGAAGGCCGAGCGACAUGCGAUCUUGAUGCAGUGCAAGAUGGAAGACAUUGCGAUUCCCAUGUUGAAUGGGAAUAUGGAAGAUAUAGCGAGUGAGAUGAGCGCAGCAAAUAACAAUGAGACAAGUGAUACGUCUUCUAUGAGUACGCAGCAACAAUAUGAACGCGAGAAAAGGAUUACCAUAGACUACGCGUUUCUACCCGACAACUUGAAGGACGUAGAAGAAGAAGAUAUCAAGAAGACAACCGACAAGCUAACGAAAAUAAUUAACGACUUGCAACAUACGAUACAGCGUAUUCAAGCUCCGAACAUGAAGGCAAUUCAAAAAUUAUAUUUGGCGAAAGAGAAGUUGCAAGAAACCAACGAGGAAUUCGAGCAGUCGCGCAAGAAGGCGAAGAAAGCGAAGACGCAAUUCGAGAAAGUGAAGAAAGAACGACACGAUAGAUUCAUGGCGUGUUUCGAGCACGUGGCGAACGAGAUCGACCCUAUUUAUAAAAGUCUAGCGAAAAAUCAAUCUGCUCAGGCAUUCCUUGGACCGGAAAAUCCAGAAGAACCGUACUUGGACGGUAUCAAUUACAACUGCGUAGCUCCAGGCAAACGAUUUCAGCCUAUGUCCAACUUGUCAGGUGGAGAAAAGACUGUGGCCGCGUUAGCCUUGUUAUUUGCGAUUCACAGCUUUCAGCCUGCACCGUUUUUCGUCCUGGACGAGAUUGACGCGGCUCUUGAUAACACAAAUAUAGGAAAAGUCGCGAGCUACAUCCGUGAUAAGACGAGUUCGUUGCAAACGAUUGUGAUAUCGUUGAAAGAGGAAUUUUACUCGCACGCUGAUGCGCUUAUCGGAAUUUGCCCGGACGUAGGCGAAUGUUUGGAAAGCAAAGUGUUAACACUCGACUUAACUACACAUCCUACACAUAUUAAUUGAAACGGUUUUAUUUACAGUGAAUUAUGAUUUCUCUAUUUUUACAUUAACGCAAAGAUGAAUUUUUAAUUAUCUCUUGGAGGAAAGGUAAAAGAGAGUGUGCAUUAUAUACUAAUUGAAAUAU